UCUUUACGUCAAACAACUAAUGCCCAACCUUAUACGUGGUAUCUAAAAGCACCGCGAUGGAAAAACAUAACAUUCUAUUUUCCCAUUUACAUUAUGUGCAUGUGUGUAGUAGACCAGCCAGUAGAACAGAGAACACACUCCGUAUGAUACACCAACGUAUAUAAACAACAGAAAAUUUUACCUGUAAGAAUAAGUCUAUACAACAAAACAACACAAAAAUUACACACCAUCAAAGCAUACGGACAGCAAAACUACAAGACAGUCCGCUAGUGGAAAUAGCUGGUAAACAUUUGGAUCGAAAGUAGUGGGGACAUUUUAUUUUAGUGAAGAAAAGAAAAUCACUUUUGAUGUAGAUAGUGAUGGAUGGAGAAAAUAUAAGCGAUCCACCUAGUUAAUGGGUUUGAAUAUUUAAAAAAAAAUUAGUUUGUUAUGCACACUAUUGUGUUCAGUUUGUGUUGUGUUCUCAAAACGGAUAAACUUGGAUUAAUACGAAAAUUGUUUUGGUUUGCGUGGAGAUCUUUUUUUUUCGAUGUAAUUGAACUUUUGCGAUGAGUUGUGAGUUUAUCAGAAUUGUGUUGAGUCGUGAGUGAUUUCAUUGCGUUCGUUCAACACUUGUGCAUGGAUAUAAUAACUUCAUUUUUCAUUGAAUCGAGUUUCUCUUAUCGUGUUACAAAAAAUAAUAAUAAACAAACAGUUUCUGAAUCACAAAUGUGUGAUCACUUCAAUAAUCCACGUGCGAUGAAAGUAUGACGACGAGAUUUGUAAAUGCUUGACAAAGGACCAUUCAAUAUCAAACAUUCUCGUUGCCUGUAUUAUGCGGUCGAAAUCUGUGGCUAGAAGAUUCGCGCAAGGUAGUAGUGGCGAUGAAAUGGAUUCAACGCAGGAACUUCAAAAUAGCGCCGAAGUUCCGAAUGGACUAGAAGUAAUCCCACUAAAUAUGCAGGAUCAUUAUUUGGAUCGAAUAAAGGUUCGUUCCACCGAACAACUUCUAUCGGAAAUAGCAAAAAUGCAAGGACCUCCGCCAGAGCUGGAAGUCAAGGAUGGCUCUGUGUUCACACAUAAAUUUUUACAUCGUGGAACGAAAUACGGUCCAUAUACAGUUAAAUACACAGAUCAACCGGUAGAUAGACAAUUCGCAUGGGAGGUGGUUGCUGGUUCAACGAUACGAGGAUGGCUGGAACCGAUACCUGAGUCAGCGAUGUGGUUAAAGCACAUCCGUACAGUUUAUUCAAAUAUUGAAGCUAAUAUUUACAGUUUCAUUGUUGCUGGUUAUAUAUGGUAUGAAGUAACCAGAGACAUACCAGCUGGUACUGAAUUGGUAGCAGCUCCUAAAGUUCCUUUACAACUUAGAGAUAUAUUUAGUAAUGGUCCGCAGGACGACAGAAGUGAUAGAGAAACAGGGUCUCAACAUAGUGGCACCAACGAGGAGGAUUUUACAUCGAAUGAUCUAGAAAAUAGUAAGCAGGAACACACCGAUAAAGAACAAGACACCGAAGACGAAGAAGGACUAGAGUGCAAAUGCGUCGUAUGUGAUCGUCAAUGCCAAGAUAUAGACCAACUUGACGACCAUUUAGUAUCAACACAUCAUUAUCCGAAGGAUGCAUUUCGGUGUGAUAUUUGUCCGAAAAGUUACUGCUAUCGACCAUCAUUAUUGCGUCAUCGAGCACUUAUCCAUGGCGAACUGAGAAAAUAUCCGUGCGAAAAUUGUACAAAGGAUGAACGUGAAUGUGAUCAUCUGAACUUAGAGCACUUACAAACCAGGGUAUUUACCGAUCCAUCAAAUCUCCAGCGACAUAUUCGAACCCAUCACGUUGGUGCGCGUAGUCACGCUUGUCCCGAAUGCGGUAAGACGUUUGCGACAUCGUCUGGCCUGAAACAACACACUCACAUCCAUUCAUCGGUGAAACCAUUUCAAUGUGAAGUGUGCUUUAAGGCAUACACGCAAUUCUCGAAUCUGUGCCGGCACAAGCGUAUGCAUGAAGGUUGUCGCAUGCAAAUUAAGUGCACAAAGUGUGGUCAAAGCUUUAGUACGGUAACGUCGUUGUCCAAGCAUAAGCGCUUCUGCGAUUCAACCAAUUGUACGCCACAUCAUUCACAAUCGUCGAUUUCAAGUGGUGCACAGAUACCGCAAGCAAUGACGACACCGCCGAAUCCAUUUCUGAUGUUCCGUGGACCUCCGCCAUUUUUCCCACCCAGUUAUGGAGCUUUCCAUGGACUACAGGGAAUGUUUCCAUCCAGUCCGGCUCAAGCGCCUGCAUUUCCAUUGUUAUUUCCACAACCCAAUCUGGAUAUGAAUAAUGAUCGGAAUACUCCGCCACGACAUAUGACAUCACAGCAAAGUAUUAAAAUAUCACCAUCGGCCGCUGAAGAAGCAUCCAGCCAUUUGAGACCAUCACCUGCACGACCAAUUCCUAUCAGUUUGCACCAGCAAAGUAUCAACAAUAAUAAUGCCUUGCCACGCAGCGGCGACAUGAAGAAACGGAAAUACAAUGACUCGAAGUCAUCGUUUUUGAGCAUAGAGGACUUUUCGCUCAGAAAGAAGAAGGAAGUGGAACAUCGACACGUAGAGCCGGUGCCCAAUCCUGAACCGAAAAUUCCCAAUGAGUUGAAGAGAAGCGAAGAGCGAAGGGAAAGAAAGACACCUACUGAUACCAAUGGAACAUCACAUAACAAUGGGGAACAGCCUCUGGAUUUGACUGUAAAUAAAAAAGUUACAAAACAGCGAAGUUGCUCGCCCAUGGAGGUUGACAUUCCAAAGAAGUAUCAUCAUAGUCCCGACCCAGAACCGGAACCAAUCAAAUCGGAACCCAAUUCAUUUUUUGAAAGUCGUACACCAUCCGUGUCACCGGUUCCAACAUCACCAUCACCUCCAGGUCCACCGAUGGCUUACCCACGACCAAUUCAUCCAAUGUUAUUGGAAGCCAUCUAUCGUCCUACGAAUCUGGGAGCAUUUCAACGGCCAUUUCCUUUUUUAGGCCAUAUGGGCCGUCCGGGCUUCGACAUGCUUAAUCGAAAUGGACAAUUUCCGUCGAAACCAUUUCAUGAGGCAUUGAUGGCAGCCGGCGGCCUUAAUUCCGGCUUAGGAAAUGGUAAACUAAAGGACAGAUACGCCUGCAAAUUUUGCGGUAAAGUGUUCCCACGAUCGGCGAAUCUAACGCGUCACUUACGGACGCAUACCGGCGAACAACCGUACAAAUGUAAAUACUGCGAACGAUCGUUUAGCAUAUCGAGCAAUUUACAGCGACACGUGCGAAACAUCCACAACAAAGAGCGACCAUUCAAAUGCAAUUUGUGCGAACGUUGUUUCGGUCAACAGACCAAUUUGGAUCGCCAUUUGAAGAAACAUGAAGCGGACGCUUCCGGUUUGGGUAUUGGUGUGGGCGAUUCGCCGUCGUCAAAUGAGGCCGAUCGGGAAGACAGUUACUACGACGAAUUUCGAUCAUUUUUCGGUAAGGUGACGUAUUCGGAAGGCUUGUACACAGCGAACAGCAUUGCAACGGUUGAAGGUGAAACAGAAGAUGGCAGUGAUGUGGAUAAUGAGAUAAUUAUUGAUAAAGAGCCGUUGAACAACAAUGAAACCAUCGAAGUUGCCACGUAAAACAAUCGAAGGUGAGGAGUGUGUAACCAAAAAAUCGUCGUGGAAGAUGAAGUCGGGGAGAAGUAGAAGAUCUUGAGAACUACUUUAAAAAUGAAGAUUCCAAUUGAAAAUACUAGAAAAUAAGUUCCCCCACCCCCAAUUCACGAAUGUAAAAUAUUAUUUUGUGUUGUAAUGAAGCUUGAAGCCAAUCUUUUUUUUUAACGUUUGCCAUGUUCGCCACUCACACUAACUGAAUAAAUGCACCUCUUCCGUUGUUGAAUUGGGACCAUUUUUUAUGAGGAUUUAACGUGUGUCUAACUAUUUACAGACAGCAGACCGGUAUAGUUAAUGAAUCUGUUCCUUUGAUGGACGUGUUCAAGCAAAAUCUUUUACUUCAUUAGUUUUGACAUUUGCUAUGAAAUACCUCAUAAACGACGGCUCGUCGCUCAUUUUUGUCAACGUCGUCGUCGAUAACAGAUGAUUGUGAAGCUGCACGUGUGUAUAUUCAUCAUUCGUAGAAGAGUUCUUGAAAAAUCGGAAGGGGAAAAUGACAAAGUAUAUAGAAAGGAAAGCAUCUGUAAAAGGCUGGGCUUAUGCCCAAAUCAAAGUAGGUCCUCACUGGCACAGUGUAAAAUUUGCCAUACAUUUUGGCCGAGAAAGGUUUACAAUUAUUUGAUGUUUUAUCACCUCUCACCUCUAUCACCGUUUCUUUAACAACUGUAGAGCAGGGAAUGUAAUCGUGAAAACGUUUAAGACCUUUACUGUAAACUUUGAAAAUAUUUUCGUGAAUUUUCACAAUUUUAGUUAAUCUAAAAAGUCGCGAAAAUUCAUGAAAAUUCGUGAAAAUGUUUUCAAAUGUAGGAAAGGUGCUAAGUAUCUGAUAUCUUAAGAAGUGAAAAGAUAGAUAAAUUUCGAAAAUAUUGUAUGCAGUAGAGGAUUCGAGAGGAAUGUCUGCAUUGAGGAUGGAGUUGGUCCAAAGUUAGAAAUUUGGUUUAUCGAAAUUACUGAAAAUUAUCGAAAUUUACCCAAAAAAUAUCAAAAUUUCGGUAAAUUUCUGUAGGCCAAAUCCUCAAUAAAUAGUGAAAGAAAAUAAAUAUUUUAGGAACUAAUUUGUUCCAAAUUCAGUACAUUUAUUCAAAACAUUUAUUUCUGUAAGAAUUUUAUGAAUUUUUUAAGAAAAUAAUUCCUAAAAAGGCUACGUUGAGCGUAGUAUUUAAAGGGCCUUACAACUUUUCGAUCAAUGAAAUAUUUUUGUUAUUGUCAUUUUAAUUUUGCGAUCUCCAUUCACGACUAAAAGUGAACGCAGCCACUUAAUUUUGUACUGCGGAGUUUAUUAGUGCAGCACUGAGUUGUAUUUUCACUAUAGAAUUUCACUUUUGCAAUCUCUGCAUUAACAUCUUCACAUUAACAUUUCCGCAGUACAAUUCACGGCUAAAAGUGAACCCAGCCACUCAAUUUUCUACUGCUUUUGCAUAAGUUCGGUGCUGUAAACAAGUACUGAGUUAAAGUUGGUGAAAGAACACCGCAAUAAGAAAACGAAGUGAGACUUUCACUGACAACAAACUGUGAAACAGCGAAAGAAAUGAAAAACCCUAAAACAGGCAAUUAAAUGCGUAGAAUGAAUUCGAGACGAAAAAAAAUAAUCUUUCUUUGUAGAGUGUAGCAAUUCAUUUCAGUGCACAAAUUGAAACGUGACAAACGAGUUAACACCACACACAUUGUUAUCGUGUAACAGGUUGGUCUUCAAUGCAAUUCACUACGAAAUCGAAAAUUAUAUUUUUUGUCAUUUUGAGUCCAGUGUUAUAUUUUACCUUUUGUUUUAAUUUUAGGAAUUUUGUUUUGGUUUUUUAAUUUAUGAAUUUUUUUCUUUCGUCAUCUAUAUAUAUCGAAAUUUGUUAAAAUAAUUUUUAUUUUUCGUUUUAAGCAAAUUUGUGUAAAUUUAAAUAGUUUUUUUUCCGGUGAUAAACAAAAAAUGAAUUAUCUGAUGGCUUCAAACCAAAGGGAUGUUUUUUUCUAAGUUAAAAAAAAAAGAAAAUUGAAAAUUUCAUAGGAAAAUUUUUUUUAGAAUCAUAAGUGGAAGAAGUAAACUAUUUUAUGUAAAAAUUAUAUUUAAAAAAAAA